AACCUGCCCAUCUACUCAGAGAACAUUAUUGAGAUGUAUCGAGGCAAGAAAAGGCACGAAAUGCCCCCACACAUAUACGCUAUCUCAGAGUCAGCAUACAGGUGCAUGCUGCAAGAUCGAGAGGACCAAUCCAUUCUUUGCACAGGCGAGUCAGGAGCUGGAAAGACAGAAAACACUAAAAAGGUCAUCCAGUACCUGGCACAUGUUGCUUCCUCCCACAAAGGAAGAAGGGAUCACAGCAUGACUCCUGAAUCACCCAAACCAGUGAAGCUACAGAGUGGAGCCCUGCUUUAUGGUGAAUUGGAACGUCAGCUUUUACAAGCCAACCCCAUUCUCGAGGCAUUUGGGAACGCAAAGACUGUGAAAAAUGACAACUCGUCCCGUUUUGGGAAAUUCAUUCGGAUCAACUUCGAUGUCGCCGGAUACAUYGUUGGAGCCAAUAUUGAAACCUACCUUUUGGAGAAGUCCCGAGCCAUUCGUCAAGCCAAAGAUGAGCGCACCUUCCACGUCUUUUACCAGCUGCUGGCAGGGGCCGGCGAGCAUCUGAAGUCGGAUUUGCUUUUAGAAGGCUUCAACAACUACCGUUUCCUGUCAAACGGUCACAUCCCAAUUCCAGGCCAGCAGGACAAAGACAACUUCCAGGAGACCAUGGAAGCCAUGCACAUCAUGAGCUUCGCCCAUGAGGAGAUUCUGGCCAUGUUGAAGGUGGUGUCCUCGGUGCUUCAGUUUGGUAACAUAGUUUUCAAGAAAGAAAGGAACACAGAUCAGGCCUCCAUGCCUGAUAAUACAGCUGCUCAGAAGCUGUGUCACCUGUUGGGUAUGAAUGUGAUGGAGUUUACCAGAGCCAUCCUGACUCCCAGAAUCAAAGUGGGGAGAGAUUAUGUCCAGAAAGCACAGACCAAGGAACAGGCUGACUUCGCUGUUGAGGCUCUGGCUAAAGCAACAUACGAGCGUCUUUUCCGCUGGCUCGUCCACCGCAUUAAUAAAGCUCUGGACAGGACCAAACGGCAGGGAGCCUCCUUCAUCGGUAUUCUGGACAUCGCAGGUUUUGAGAUUUUCCAGCUGAACUCCUUUGAGCAACUGUGCAUCAACUACACCAACGAGAAGCUGCAGCAGCUCUUCAACCACACCAUGUUCUCCAGGAGUGUUGGCUCUGCUGGAUGAGGAGUGCUGGUUCCCUAAAGCCACAGAUAAAACUUUUGUAGACAAGCURAUCCAGGAGCAGGGAACUCACACCAAGUUUCAGAAACCUCGCCAACUCAAAGAUAAAGCUGACUUCUGCAUCAUCCACUACGCUGGCAGGGUCGACUACAAAGCAGAUGAGUGGCUGAUGAAGAACAUGGACCCUCUGAACGACAACGUGGCCACACUCCUGCAUCAGUCCACAGACAAGUUUGUGGCUGAACUGUGGAAAGACGUGGACCGGAUUGUGGGCCUGGACCAGGUGGCCGGCAUGAACGAGACGGCGUUUGGCGCCACCUACAAAACCAAAAAAGGCAUGUUUCGUACCGUUGGACAGCUCUACAAAGAGUCGCUCACCAAACUCAUGGCCACACUGARGAACACUAAUCCCAACUUUGUCCGCUGCAUCAUCCCCAACCAUGAGAAAAGAGCAGGGAAGUUGGAGCCCCACCUGGUUCUGGACCAGCUCAGGUGUAACGGGGUCUUGGAGGGGAUCCGCAUCUGCAGACAGGGCUUCCCCAACCGCAUCGUCUUCCAGGAGUUCAGGCAGAGAUACGAGAUCCUUACACCCAAUGCCAUCCCCAAAGGAUUCAUGGAUGGAAAACAAGCCUGUGAAAGAAUGAUUCAAGCCCUGGAGCUGGACCCCAACCUAUACCGUAUCGGUCAGAGUAAGAUCUUCUUCAGGACCGGCGUUUUGGCUCACCUGGAGGAGGAGAGAGACCUGAAGAUCACCGACAUCAUCAUCUACUUCCAGUCUGUGUGCCGCGGAUACUUGGCUCGCAAAGCUUUUGCUAAGAAGCAGCAGCAGCUCAGUGCCCUGAAGGUCCUCCAGAGGAACUGUGCAGCUUACCUGAAGCUGAGGCACUGGCAGUGGUGGAGGCUCUUCACCAAGGUGAAGCCGCUGCUGCAGGUCACCAGGCAGGAGGAGGAGCUACAAGCCAAAGAUGAGGAGCUGCUGAAGGUGAAGGAGAGACAGCUCAAAGUGGAAAAUGAGCUGGUGGAGAUGGAGAGGAAGCACCAGCAGCUUCUGGAGGAGAAGAACAUUCUGGCAGAGCAACUCCACGCAGAGACGGAGCUGUUCGCUGAGGCAGAGGAGAUGAGAGUUCGCCUCCUUUCCCGGAAGCAGGAGCUGGAGGAGAUCCUCCAUGACCUGGAGUCCAGAGUGGAGGAAGAGGAGGACAGGAGCCAGAGUCUGCAGAAUGAGAAGAAGAAGAUGCAGUCUCACAUCCAGGAUCUGGAGGAGCAACUGGACGAGGAGGAAGCUGCGAGGCAGAAGCUGCAGCUGGAUAAAGUCACAGCUGAGGCAAAGAUCAAAAAGAUGGAGGAGGACAUUCUGCUGCUGGAAGAUCAAAACUCAAAGUUUCACAAGGAGAAAAAGCUGCUGGAAGACCGGAUUGUUGAAAUGACCACUCAACUAACAGAAGAAGAAGAGAAAGCAAAGAAUCUUGGCAAAGUCAAGAACAAGCAGGAGAUGAUGAUGGUUGACCUUGAAGAGCGUUUAAAGAAGGAGGAGAAAACGCGACAGGAGCUGGAGAAGGCCAAACGUAAACUGGAUGCUGAAACCACCGACCUGCAGGACCAGAUCGCUGAGCUUCAGGCACAGGUGGAGGAACUGAAGAUGCAGCUGAUUAAAAAGGAAGAGGAGCUACAAGCUGCGUUGGUCAGGAGCGAUGAAGAAGCUGCGCAGAAGAACAACGCCUUGAAGCAGAUCCGCGAGCUGCAGGCCCAGGUAGCUGAGCUCCAGGAGGAUYUGGAGUCAGAAAAGAUAAGUCGCAGCAAAGCUGAAAAACUGAAGCGGGAUCUGAGCGAGGAGCUGGAGGCUCUGAAGACGGAGCUGGAGGACACGCUGGACACGACGGCUGCUCAGCAGGAGCUCAGGUCCAAGCGAGAGCAGGAGGUGGCGGAGCUGAAGAAAGCCUUAGAUGAGGAGACCAGAAACCACGACGCUCAGAUUCAGGACAUGAGGCAGAGACAUGCACAAGCACUGGAGGAGCUGUCUGAACAGCUGGAACAGGCCAAGAGGUUCAAGGCCAACCUGGAGAAGAACAAGCAGUGUCUGGAGACUGACAACAAAGAGCUGGUCUGUGAGGUGAAGACUCUGCAGCAGGUGAAGAGCGAGUCUGAAUACAAGAGGAAGAAGCUGGAGGCCCAGCUGCAGGAGUUCACAUCCAGAACCACCGAGGUGGAACGAGCCAAGGGAGAGCUGACUGAACGCUCCCUGAAGCUGCAGACGGAGCUGGACAACGUUUCUGCUUUGCUGGAGGAGGCGGAAAAGAAGGGCGUCAAACUGGCGAAAGAUGUUGACAACUUGAACAGCAAACUGCAGGAUUCUGAGGAGUUGCUCCAGGAGGAGACUCGUCAGAAACUCAACCUGAGUGCCCAGAUCCGCCAGCUGGAGGGAGAAAAAAGCAACCUGCUGGAGCAGCAGGAGGAGGACGAGGAGGCCCGGCACGCUCUGGAGAAGCAGCUGCAGACAGUGCAGGCUCAGCUGUUUGAGACCAAGAAAAAACUGGAUGAAGACGUGGGAGUGAUUGAGAGUCUGGAGGAGGCGAAGAGGAAACUUCAGAAGGAUAUGGAGCUCACCCACCAACGCCUGGAGGAGAAGACCAUGGCCUUGGACAAGAUGGAGAAGACCAAGAACAGACUACAGCAGGAGCUGGACGACCAGAUGGUGGACCUGGACCAUCAGAGGCAGAUCGUCUCCAACCUGGAAAAGAAACAGAAGAAGUUUGAUCAGAUGCUGGCUGAGGAGAAGACCGUCUCUGCUCGCUACGCUGAGGAACGAGACAAAGCAGAGGCUGAAGCCAGGGAGAAGGAGACCAAGGCUCUGUCUUUGGCCAAAGCACUGGAGGAUGCCUUGGAGGCCAAAGAGGAGCUGGAGAGGUUCAACAAGCAGCUCCGCUCUGAAAUGGAAGACCUGAUGAGCUCCAAGGAUGAUGUMGGAAAGAACGUCCAUGAGCUGGAGAAGUCCAAGCGCACCCUGGAGCAGCAGGUGGCAGAGAUGAGGGUUCAGCUGGAGGAGCUGGAGGACGAGCUGCAGGCCACAGAGGAUGCCAAACUGCGCCUGGAGGUCAACAUGCAGGCCAUGAAGGCCCAGUUCGACCGAGACCUGCAGACCAGAGACGAGCAGGGAGAGGAGAAGAAGAGGGCGCUCGUCAAGCAGGUACGCGAGAUGGAGGCCGAGCUGGAGGACGAGAGGAAGCAGAGAACUCUGGCCAUUGCCGCCAAGAAGAAGCUGGAGAUGGACCUGAACGAGCUGGAGGGUCAGAUAGAAGCUGCCAACAAAGGCAGGGAUGAAGCCAUCAAACAGCUGAAAAAACUCCAGGCGCAGAUGAAGGACUAUCAGAGGGAGCUGGAGGAGGCCAGAGCUGCCAGAGACGAGAUCUUCACCCAGUCCAAGGAGAACGAAAAGAAAUUUAAGAGCCUGGAAGCUGAAAUCCUGCAGCUUCAGGAGGACCACGCAGCUUCCGAGAGAGCCCGACGACAUGCUGAACAGGAGAGGGACGAGCUGGCCGACGAGAUCUCCAACAGUGCUGCUGGAAAGUCGUCACUGUUGGAGGAGAAGAGGAGGCUUGAGGCUCGUAUCGCUCAGCUGGAGGAGGAGCUGGAGGAGGAGCAGGGCAACAUGGAGCUGCUGAACGACCGCUUCAAGAAGACGAGCAUCCAGGUCGACAGCCUGAACGCAGAGUUGGCAGGAGAACGCAGCGUCKCACAGAAGAGCGAGAACGCCCGGCAGCACAUGGAGCGACAGAACAAGGAGCUAAAAGCGAAGCUGGCAGAGUUGGAAGGAGCCGUCAAGUCUAAGUUCAAGGCAUCCAUCACUGCGCUGGAGGCUAAGAUCCUUCAGCUGGAGGAGCAGCUGGAGCAGGAAGCAAAGGAGAGAGCAGGAGCCAACAAAAUCGUCCGCCGUACAGAGAAGAAGCUGAAGGAGGUGAUGCUGCAGGUGGAGGACGAGCGGCGCCACGCCGACCAGUACAAGGAGCAGCUGGAGAAAGCCAACUCCCGCAUGAAGCAGCUGAAGCGUCAGCUGGAGGAGGCGGAGGAGGAGGCCACCAGAGCCAACGCCUCCCGCAGGAAGCUGCAGAGGGAGCUGGACGACGCCACCGAAGCCAUCGAGGGUCUCACCAGAGAGGUCAACUCGCUCAAGAACCGCCUCAGGCGUGGCGGUCCAGUCAGCAGCUUCUCUUCCAGCCGCUCAGGCCGCCGCAACCUCAACCUGGACGGAGCCUCCGUGGACAUGUCUGACGACGACGCUGAGAGCCGCGCCAACGACUUCAACGACACCCAGACCUCUAACGUGGAGUGAACACAGCGACGCCCACCUGCUUCCUCCUCAGCACCCCCGCACCGAGGCCCCCCACCCGUCACGUUAACCCACCGACCGCUCAGAAGCUUGGAGCCGUUACAAACGUUUGUCACCUCUGCCGUGGUUUUUGGUAUUUAUCACUGCAGGGAAGCCCCGCCCCCCUGGUCCCACAGAGACACGUCUGCCUUACUGUCCUCUGGUGAGCUUCUAGCCUGGUUGGUCUGAUCAGCCACGUGUCGUCAUGUAAACAUUUAUCCGAGUGUGCAGGUGUGAAACUCAUCGUCACGAUGCAGGACCACGAGGACUAGAUGGUUUGUUUUUGUGCUAGUCGACACUUCAGAGUUCAGAGGUGUUAAACAGUCGGACAGCAGCUGUUUCUUCAUCUUUUACUUUUUACCAACACAACACGUAAACUCCUCGGGACAUGCGACAGAAAAUUGAUGGACUCAGAACUGGAAAGUGUGUUACUGUGAAACAAAGGAAGGUAUUUUAUUUUCAACUUUGCCUCAUCUCAUUUAAUGAAGGAAGGUGUGGCUCUGUUUCUGCUGCGAUCCUGAAGCUUGUGACGGUUUUUAGAUUUACUGAAGUGAGCUGAGAAGAUGAACAGAAACAUGAAGGAUUAAAAGCUCUAACUGGAAAGCACUUCAUCUCAAUGUGACACUAACUGGAUGAUCUGAUUAGAAAUGAAAACUCUUGUUCUUAGCCUCACUUUAUCAGUUUUAAUCUCUGCUGCUCUGAGGGGGGUUGUUGAAACAGUUAAACUUGCUGAUUGAAGUUUGGUGAUCUUUAAAACAAUUAUCUGAUUUGUAUUUAUAUUAGAUCCCAGUUUUCUGGUUUAUUAUUCUGCCUACAUUAAAACUUUCCCUUUCAGUGAUUUCUGACAAGUUAGAAAACAUUAAAAAUUAAAAGCAUCCAAAACUUUAAUUUAACCUCCCUGCUGCCUUUGAGGCCUCAGUUAUGAGUUUUAGCUGAUUUCAGGAAUGAUAAACGCACCGUUUUCUAAAUCUAAACUUUUAGCUGCAUGACUCGAAUGUACUCUGUGCCAUUAUUUUAUUUUGCAAGUUAAAUCCCAUCUCCUGCAGAACUUUAACCUUUUUUCCCCUCAUCUUGAACUGUUUUGUUAGACUCAGCUGUUCUUUCAUGUCAGCAGCUAAGUUUUUAAACUGGAGUCGUUUCUUCUACUCAAACAUCGCUGCCCUACUCUUUAAAUUUAAACUUUAAAAGGUGCCUUAGACACUAGAUAAGAACAAAAGCAGGUGAGGAUUCAUUAGAUGUGGAAAACAAAAAAAUAACAGGUGCAUUAAUAAAAUGUUUGAGAUUUGGGUUUUAUUCUUUUGUAUUUUUGUUUUGUCUUUGCUCGAAUGUUGGGUCAGUUUCAGUAUUAAUUACCGUGACAGGCUGCAGCAGCUUCUAAGAUGUUUUUCUGGUGAGAACUUCAGUCCGUCUGGGAACGGAGGCUCUGCACAGGGUUGAAUGUGGUUGGAAGCUUUAACAUCCACAACAAGCUGACUCUUUUUUCUUUAUUAUUAUUAUUCAUCUGGCUGUUGACAACCAGGCAUUCUACUGCAAAUACUCUCAUUAUGUUACUUCUUGUAUAUUUGUAUUUCUAGAUAGUAAUUUCCCCCCUUUUACUGUUUGUUUUUGUAAAAGGAAAAUAAAGCAUAUUCAUCGUAACUCUUGA